UUUUAUUUUUUAGGAAUUGUUUGUGGCCAGACAUGCCCAUGUAUGUGGAGGAAUCUCGGCAGUCUUCUUUCUUUAGUAAACUUCAAACAAAAUGAAACAGCCAUGUGGUUCAAUGAACGGGAGAAACCCAGCAAAAUGAGUUCCUGCUGGGGACUGUGUGGCAGGAUGGCAGCUGCAGAACCUUUGACUGCUUUCUCCCGUUGGUACCUAUAUGCCAUUCAUGGCUACUUCUGCGAGGUGAUGUUCACAGCUGCUUGGGAGUUUGUAGUCAACUUUAACUGGAAGUUCCCAGGUGUCACCAGUGUAUGGGCACUCUUCAUCUAUGGGACAUCCAUCCUCAUUGUAGAAAAGAUGUAUCUGUACCUGAAGGAUAAGUGUAACAUACUAGUGCGCUGCCUGAUUUACACUCUAUGGACGUAUCUUUGGGAGUUCACAACUGGCUUCAUUCUGCGCCAGUUUAAUGCCUGCCCAUGGGACUAUUCACAGUUUGACUUGAACUUCAUGGGCCUCAUAACCCUGGAGUAUGCCAUCCCAUGGUUCUGUGCAGCAUUUAUCAUGGAACAGCUAGUCAUCAGGAACACCCUGCGUUUGCGUUUUGAUGAGAAUGCUGAACCAGGUGUACCCACGUCUGUUGCAACCUUGGCCAAUGGUCAUGUGAAAACUAACUGAAUUGUACUUUAGACUACACUAAGACUAAGCAAUCUCUCCUGCCCCUUCAUUAGAGACUUGGGAUGAUGGCCUCAACAGCAAAACUCCUGUUUCCUUUAUGAUAAACAAACCUCCUUGGUUUGGAGGUAUGCAUGAAAAAGUGGAAUCAGUAGGUUUUCUAUGAAUUUUAUUCUCUUUCUCUCUCUUGGUUCCUUUUUUUUAAAAAAAACCUGCAAGUAUCAUUGUCAACUACCUGUUGACUAGAUAGUUUGACUUAUAACUUACUCAGAAAACAGUUCUGUGAUCAGUACUUUAUUCUAUCUGGGUUAGAAAAAACAAAAGGCUGGCCCAAAUUGUUCAAAUAACAUUAGUAGGCACAGAUCUCCCCAGUUGACUUAGUGAUUGGCUUAUAUUUCAUUCAGGUGCUUGCUUGCAACCAAUACCUCCCAUGGGACCUGAGAUGCUGCAGAGUCAAGGAAAAACCAAUUCCUAUUGAAAAAGCCCAACAAAAUGGCAGACUACUAUGGAGAUAGAACUUGCCCUGUUGUGUGCUUUUCUUAAAGCUUUUUUAAGUUGCACCACAGUGUAUAUUAUUAUGGUGCUGGACAUCCUGCUGACUUUCUAUAAAAUUAUUACUUUUUGAAUCACCCAUUCUGACGCUCACUAGAGAGUUUGUUUGCCACUCUCAUGUACCUAUUUUUUAAAUAAAGAACUAUUUUGCUGGAUAAAGUCAAUCAUUGCUGUACAACCUGCAUUAUAGAUAUGUAGGCAAAAGUAGGAGAAAAAUGGCUAAAAGUCAUCCCUACCUCCUCCUCCUCCUUCUCCUCACACUUUCUGGUGGAACUCAACAGGAGGGCUGAUUCUUGCUAACUUUCAUUGUGACUGUUUACACAUCAUCCAAAUCUUCUCUGGCUUCCUCUAUGGGGAAUUUUCUAGUCUCAGAAAUCCAAGUGUCUAAAAAAAUGGACUACUGACAUCACAUUGAAAUCUUUCUUUGAUGCCUGGAUUCAUUGGGAGUUGGAAUCCUGCAGGACAGACUCUUGAAAGGCCCGUGAUCAAAUCUUUUUUGUAUUGAUCUUCUCAGCGCUGGUGUUCUCAAUGUACAAAUGGCACAAUUAGCAGUGCGGCAGUAUCUCUUUAUAAAGCUAUUUAUGAGCAACUGUUGAUGGUAUCUCACUGUUGGCUGGGGAGGAAUUUUGAAGGAUCAGCCUUCAAGAUGGUCCAAGUGAGUGGAAAAAAUAACCCAAAAGGGCUGCAGAUAUUCUGAAGUCUGGGACCAAAGUGAAUGUCCCAAGAGAAAUAUGGGAUAGGCAGGGGCGGUUAAAGAAGAAAUAGCCACAAACAAGAAGGGAUUCUUUCUGCAGCCAGCAAAAGAAUCUGUUCUUUAGGUGCAUAGAAUGAAAGAGAAAUUUAAAAAAGGGAAGGAAGUCACUUGAACUAAAUACAUCCAAUAGCUUUAAGAAGAUAUGCUAUCACUAGGCUUCUUGGACCAGGAAGAAGUCCAGAUAUCAUUUGCAUAGAAUGGAGUACACUGAGACAGAAUUGCACCAGCAAUGGAAUGGGCUUGUACUUUUGUGGUGGCAACACUUCUUUUAUUUAAAAUGAGGCUGUCUUCUUGUUUGGUAAACAACUGUUAAUUUUUAACUACCUGGCAGUUAUUGUAUUUCGGAUCUCCUUGCCUGAUAGGUUAGGACCACCGUUUGAGGAACUCUCUGCCCCCAGUUUCCACUGCCAGGGAACUCUGGGAUUUCUACUUGUAGCCCACCUGAUGGCAAUAGAUUUGGUAAGGUUGAGUUCUGUUCUAGGAACAACAAAAUGGGCAAGCUGCUACCCUGAGUAAAAGUUGUGUGGUCUUGAUUAAGAACGAAGCUAAUAUUAACUUGAUUGAUAUAUUCAGAGUGUGAUUAUUUUAUUUCUUUACAUUUCCCCACAGACCUGAUAUCCAUUGCUGGUAGUGGAUGAACAGGAAUAUUAGCAGUGGAAGUAUUCCCAGGUCUACCCUACUGUAUUUAUUCUCCUGACCCAUUUAACAGGAUUAAACUUUGUAAUUUAUAUAUACACCUUCUUAUAAUUCUUCCUUUUUUUAUUUUUAUUCGCUUUUGAUCGAAACUAUGUUUCAGGGAAAGGAGGGACCAUGAAGAGGAGAAACCUCUAUUAUUAGCCCUGUAACAGUGGCUAUCUAUACUAAAAAAAAA